CCUCCAGUGGUGUGUUUAUAAUGCUUUGAACAGGUUGAUCAGGAAAAUAUCUACCUUGCAACAAAAGCAUUCUUGUGGCAGGGGAGUAUCCCUGCCUCUGAGUCAAGAGGCCUAGGUUCAAAUCCCAUCUACUCCAAAGGUGUGUAAUAACAUUUCUGAACAGGUUGAUUAGAAUAUAUCUACUCUGAGGCAAUAUCGUGGGCCUGAGGUAUUUGGCCUCCAAGAACCGAACCUUUUUCAUGUCUGCCAGUCUUUACUCGGACAAGUGAAGACUUUGAUUUUGUUGAGACUUCUUGAUUCCCCUUCACAACUGGAAUUCAGGACCUCUAAGGUCUAGAACUGAUUGCUUAUGACAAAAUGUAAAGUGAGUAGUGGUCAGCAGUGUUGUUGUGGAAGUAUCGUUUAAUAACACCUGUUGACAAUAUUUACCAUAGUUUUGCUGAUGAUUGAGAGUGAACUGAGGGUGCAGGAAUUGGCCAGAAUUUGUUUACCUUAUUUUAGUUUUGUGGCCACACAAUUUCUGGGCAGUUUUCCACACUGUCAGAUAAAUAUCUAUGUUGUAGCUUUAUUGGAACAUCUUGGCUAGGACUAUUGGUAGUUCUAGAGUGCAUGCCUUAGUAACCCAUAUGUUUCAUGGCCCAUUUCCAUUCCCUGUGCCUUCAGCCAAUCCUUGAUAUACAUAGAAUAUAUUGGAUUUGCUGAAGACUGGCAUCUUUUAAGCUGGGAACCACAAAAGUCCUGGAAAGAUCAUCCACUCAACUCUUCAUAGUGCAUGCAUUUGCUUCAGCUUGUCGUUCACAACGAUUCCUGUGCAUCCCCAUCAUUGAGAAUGUGUAGUUUUUUUUUUGUGGAGGCUCCUCUUCAGGGUAUUUGACUUGUCCGUCACCAUUCAUGACUGGAUGUGGCAGGACUGCAGAGCGUUAAUCUGAUGCAUUGCUUGUGAGAUUGUUUAACUGCCUUUUACACGUUGUACCAUUCCCACAUUAUCUCACUUCAGGUGGGCGUAAAGAUUUCCAUUGCUAGUUCUACCAAAAAGCAGAUUAUUGGUUAUUGGAUUGGUCUUUAUAGGGGCUUGUUGUAUGUGAAGUUAGUUGCUGUGUAUCGUAUGUUGCAAUGGUGAUGACCCUUCAAACUACUUGAUUAUCUUUAAAAUGCUUUGGGACACUCUACAAUAGAGGAUGGUGUUGCACAAAUGGAGAUCUUUCUGUUCCUGACCUUCCCACCUAUUACAUACAGGAAUUGAAAGAUAGUAAGCAUCAAUAAGGGAAACCCUCGCCUGAGUUUAAUUUGUCCUUCUAACCUAAAGUAUGUGGUCCAACAGCAUUUCUCCCAUCGAUCUGCCUGUAAGUAGCUAAUAGCAUAAGCUGAGGUGUGAACCUGGAAAAUGGCUGCAGUGUGUAGCCCAGUCACUUGUAAGUUGGUGCAUAUACCAGAUUUCUAGUUUUGUUUUCAGUUGUUAAUUGCCCUUGCUUGUUUAACUUUUCCAACUCUAAUUGUGAGCAGUAAAAGUGAACAGUGGAUGAGAUGGCAACUCUGCUGUACAAUGCAUCCUUUUAAAAUCAUCUUCAUUCAUUCAUAGUGCAGGAGAUACACACCCUUGUAACAGGCUAUUUGAACUAUUUUUAUAUAUAUUUAAAUGUAAUGUGCCAUUACUCUUCACUUUCAGUGCAGCUGCCAACCUCCAGAAGGGUGGUGCAAAGAGAGAAUGGUGGCUGGAGGGGUGGAGAUUUUGCUGUAACCCUGUGGAAAACGAGCUAGCAGAAACAGCAUUUAAGAAGGAAAGAGGAUCAUCUCCACAGUGGAAGUCUGGUGAGCCAAUGAAGACCAGAACAAAGCUACAAACGCUGAGUUCAUCGUAAUUACUGAAUGUGAAAAACAUUAUCCGAGUAUCAGAUUCUUGGCAUAUUGGAUAAUUUCAUUAAAAACCGAAAGAACUGCGGAUGCUGUAAAUCAGGAACAAAAACAGAAGUUGCUAGAAAGGCUCAGCAGGUCUGGCAGUAACUGUGAAGAAAAAUUCAGAGUUAACGUUUUGGGUCCGGUGACCCUUCCUUAGAACUGGAUAAUUUCUUUGUUCAUUUAAUCUCUGAAAUGUGCUGCCAUCAACUGCCAAGUAGCUUGUCUUCUCACUGAAUUGUGCUGAUUUGCAAAUGAAGUGAAACCCAUUAACAGAUGCAUUGUCUUUGGGAACAGGUAGUGGCAGUUUUGCCACCCAGAUUGGAAGAUUUCAAUUUACAGUUUGACAAUACAGUGGAUAAGAGCCUUGUAUUCUUAUUAAGAAAAACAGUGGAAUUACUGUACAAAGGCCAGGACAUAGACAAGUGCCUGCAGCUCUGUCAGACUAUUGUGGAUUUCUCUUGGGAGAAGCUCAAUAUUGGAACUUGGAGGGAGGUGGAUAAGGAGUGGAGGAGGGUGUAUUCUCAUGGCUGUCUGUUUAAAGCUGUUUGUUUGUGCAAGGAUGAAGCAACAGUUAGUGAGGCAAUAAAAACUUGUGACAUGGGUUUGUUGAUGGGGGCAAUCAUAUUGGACAACAUUCUCAACAGACUGGUCAGAGUUCUUCAGAGGUACAACACUGCUGGGAAAAGGCCUUUAGAAGAUGCUGCAUGCUAUCAGGAAUCAAGCAGAAAGAAGCUAAGUGUUUCUCUUCCUUUGGUACAAGAAAUGAGAACUGGAAUGGGAGUUCCAAGAGUCCACUGCCCUUCACUGGAACAUUUCAGAACACAGUAUCUCAUUCCACAGAAACCUGUCAUACUGGAGGGAAUUGUUGAUCACUGGCCUGCUGUGAGGGAUUGUAAAUGGAGCGUGGAGUACAUCCGUGAAAUCGCAGGCUGUCGCACUGUGCCAGUAGAAUUGGGUUCUCGUUACACAGAUGAACAAUGGUCCCAGACCCUGAUGACUGUGAAUGAAUUCACUGAGAAAUAUAUUUUGGACCAGGUGGAGCAGGAGCCCAUUGGAUAUCUAGCACAACAUCAACUAUUUGAACAGAUCCCAGAGUUGCGACAGGACAUCGACAUACCAGAUUACUGUUGUCUAGGAGACACUGAUGAAGAUGAGAUCACCAUAAGCGCCUGGUUUGGGCCCAUGGGAACAAUUUCACCCUUACACCAGGACCCACAACAAAACUUCCUGACACAGGUGGUGGGACAGAAAUAUAUCCGUCUGUAUUCCCCAGCAGAAACUGCAAGACUGUAUCCCCAUCCAACCCAGCUAUUGCACAACACCAGCCAGGUGGAUGUGGAGAACCCAGAUUUGGUCAAUUUUCCAGAGUUUAAAUUGGCUGAUUUCCAGGAAUGCAUACUGAGGCCAGGAGAGGUCCUGUUUAUCCCAAUGAAGUACUGGCAUUAUGUGAGGUCGCUGGACAUUAGCUUCUCUGUCAGUUUCUGGUGGUCCUGACUCUUCUCACGUUGAAUAGAUGAAGUGUGAGCCAUUGAGUCGUGGGCAGUUUCUCAGUCCUGGAGCUUAAUAUGGCAGAAGAGAAUUUCAACAACCAACCAAGACAGGAGAGAACCAGAAGGGAAAACACAGAGCGGGAAUGAGGCUGAAACAGAAUGAGAAAAAUGAAAGCAAGAGAUGCAGACUGAUUGAGAAAGCAAUAGUGAGAUGAAUAGAAAGUGAUCGAGAGAGAAAGUAAGGAAAGAACAAGAUAUGGAGUAAAAGCUGGUCUGACAUCAUAUGCAUACUUGAGCAUUAAUCUGCAAUUGAUCAAAAAGUGAAUUUCUCAGUGCAGCUGCUGAUUUCCCUUCAGAUUAAACCACAUCUCACCAUCAGGACCAGACCACAGCUGAAUGUGGUUUAUUCGAUAUCCUCUUGUGUGUGCAGUGAAAGAUCAGAGAUUUUUCCAGGACUGACAACAAACAUUUCUUUAGUCACACCACUAAGCAACUGUUAAAGAAUCGAGUUCAUGAAGGAUGCCAUAAAAUGUUCUCUUAGCUGGGUGAAAA